UUCAGAGAUUUGAAAUGGGAGAUUUGAGCGGGAACCCGUUUUCUCAGCUGUUUCCGACAGCUGAGCUGGCAGUUGAGUACAGAAAUAUGAUCCAGGACACAAGGACCUCUCGCCAGGAAACAAGCACAUCUUACCAGGACACUUCUAUUGAAUCCAGGAAUAUAUUAGAUACGCCACCAGAGAAGAUGGAUAUUGAUCCAGGAGCUACCCCUGAAGCUACUCCUGGUGCCCCUGGACAGGUUCAGGAGAUAAACUCUAGUAUUGAGGAGAUCUUUCUCUUCACCCUGAACAAAUACAGUGUUAUUGGAGGACCGUUCUCUCAGCUCGUGUUCCUCAGUGGUCUAGCAGAUGUUGUAGGUGUUCAUAAUAAAUCCUGGAUAGAUAUGGGAACUCUAGAGCAAGCUUUAUUCGAAAGGUUAAUGUUAGAGAAUCCAGCUGAACACGUGGUUUCGUCAAAUUCUUCUAAACAAUCUUUUUCCUCUCAUCUUACAGAGAAAAGGUUAAUAUAUUAUCUGGUUGAAUGCUAUGAACGAUGUACUACUCUACGAAGAAGAGAAUCUAAAACUACUAUAGAGCUGGGCUCCAGUAUCUCCAGCAUGCAGGAGCUGAUCAUCAGGAACCUGGUGACAGCGUUCAGGGAACCUGAUCUAUACUUCGGGCAGGACCUUGAGAACCAGCUCAUCGAGAUAAUCUGCUCCAGCUACGAGGUUCAGGAUACACUACAGAAUAUCAUUAAUAUGUUUGCAAUUAAAAUGAAGGAGCAUACUGAUAAACUAGAGAAGAUAGUAUCCAGUAUACUCAACCAUGUCAAACAGAAGAUUGAGAAUACUUCAAUGAUAAUAUUCUCCACACAUACUAUUGUUCCUCUUCUAUACUUUAUCAAGGAUCCUGUUCUAGCAAAGAUGUUUAUCCUACAUAGUUUCCCUAAGCAGUUGUCCAGUGGUAGAGCAUACGAGGAAACCUUGUUAGGUCGGAUAUUUGGCAAAUCAUGUCUUCCAGCCUCAGAUAUAGGUACAAUCAUGUCUUCCAGUCUCAGAUAUAGGUUGAUUUCUCAUCCAUGUUCGGUCAAAUUCAAAUUCCUCGCCCACCCCUCUGAUAACGAAGAUGAUGGGGAAUGGGGAUAUCUUAGCAAUCCACUCAGUCCGCAGCAAAAAUACAUAUAUAUAUGUUUAUAUAGAUGUGGCGAUGAUGUGAAACAUCUAUCAUUGAUGUGGUUGGGGGAAUGUUUAGCAGCAAAUGCUGGUCGAGGGAAGAUGUGGACUUCGCAGAUGGGUCCUCUUCUUUCCGGAGGAUUUGCCUCCGAUGGUUUUAUGUUGAACCUUGGUAGUAUGCUCCUCCGAUUCUGUAAUCCCUUCACGGAGAAACCAGAGAAAAUGAUCAAGAUAGACGCUAGCUACUGUUCUGCUGUAAGCGUAGUAUCUGAAGAUGCCCGGCUAUCCGGAGUACACAUGAGAUCCCUUCCAGCUGAAACAUGUAUUAUCACCCUACCAGAGGGAACAGACAGACCAACCAACCAGACAUACAACUUUACAUCGGAAAUAUUCUUCAUGACACACAAAGCUUUAGAUCUUGGGUUUAGAACAGUUCAAGAGAAGUUUACUAAACUAAACCAAGAGUUGAAUAGAUUACAGACUGCAUACAGAGACGCAAUGGAAGGAGGAGGAGGGCAGGCUGCUGAGGAUAUCCAGGGUAGGAUGGAGGAGAGUAUGUCAAGAUAUCUGAGUAUUAAAGCUGCACUAUUGGAACCUGCAACAAUGGAGAAACAAACUAGUCUAGUGAGUGGAACGUGUGUCUGGAUGGUUAAACUCGCCACGGGGUCAACCUGCCCUCACAAUAUAGAAUCUAUUAAAGAUGUUCCUGAAAUUCUGUCCUGUGUUCCUGAGUUCCUGGUAGAGAAUGUUUGUGAGCAUAUUCUGCUAAUUAGGAGAUUUAAUCCUGCACACUUUGAACAGAGCGGAACAAGGCUUGGUGAAAUAUUUGACAUGAUUCUGGUUUUCAUGGGUAAACCAAUCUGGUUAAAGAACCCUCACUUGAGAGCUAGACUAGCGGAGAGUUUAGAGUGUAUGCUACCCCAUCAUGAAAACCAGGCACAACCCAAUCCGUUAGGAAACUUUCACAGACAAGCUCUUUUCCAGGAUCAUCCAAACCGGUUAGAGCUGACCGCUGCCAUCCUUCACGUGUUUGUUAGUAUUGAAGAAACAGGACAAGCAGUUCAGUUUGAACAGAAGUUUUCUUACAGAUAUCUGUUCUUUAAAUAUAUCUAUGCUUUGCUACAUCCGUCCUUGAUACAUCUGCUUGAUACAUGCGUUCGUGAUUCAUCCGUUCUUGAUCCUUCCGUCAUUGAUACAUCCGUUCGUGAUUCAUCCGUUCGUGAUUUAUCCGUUCUUGAUUCAUCCGUUCGUGAUUUAUCCGUUCUUGAUCCAUCCGUCUUUAAUUUAUCCGUUCUUAAUCCAUCCGUCCUUGAUACAUCGUCCUUGAUACAUCCCUUUGUUAAUCACCGGUUCUUGGUCCAUCCGUUCUUGAUCCAUCCGUCCUUGGAGCAGGAGGGAGAGAGGGAAGGAUGGUCUCAACUAUCCUCUCAAGAAAGAUCAGACAAUGAACGACAAUAUAUUCAUACUGGACAACUAGCCAGGUACCAUAACCUGAUGGGGAAUGAGACGAUCGAGGUGCUUGAGUUGAUGACAAGAGGAAUAAAGGCAGUAAUCACACACCCAACCAUGGCGGAGAGGUUGGCCGCUAUGCUGAACUAUUUCCUUAAAACCCUGACAGGACCGGACAGGAAGAAUUUCAAGGUGAAGAAUCUGGAUAAAUACAGUUUUAAACCUGCAGAAGUUGUUUCAAAGAUCACUCAGACCUACAUCAAUUUAGGAAUGAGUGAGAACUUCCUCUCCUCCGUAUCUCGGGACGGAAGAUCAUAUUCUCCGGAUCUAUUCUCCUGGACUGAAUCCGUCCUGCUCAAGAUAGGCAGAGCAGAUCUAGUCUCUCAACUAGCAGAUAUUGCAGUUAAGGUGUCCCAGUCCUCUAGUGAGCAGGCUGAGGAGGAGGAGCUGUUAGGUGACGCCCCCGAGGAGUUCUUGUGUCCCAUCAUGUCCAUUCUGAUGCUGGACCCCGUCAUACUCCCUUCCAGCAAAAAGACGGUGGACAGGACAACAAUAGCGCGGCAUUUACUUUCUGACCAGUCGGAUCCAUUUAACAGAAAUCCACUCACCAUGGACCAGUUGAAGUCUGAUGAGGAGCUUAAGGAAAAAAUUCACGCUUGGAUUAAAUCAAAAAAGGAAAACAAGUGAAAUUGUAAAUUUAAUUAUUCUGUGAUCAUGAAUUUAUGUUUAUUGUAUAUAUCGUUUAGUCAAAUUUUUGUGUUGAAAAUAUAAUAUUAAUAAAUAAAAUAAAAAUAUUAUUUUUGACGCCAUA